AUGGAGACGGAGGGGGCGACCAAAGACAUGGGGAAGAUGCUGGGAGGAGAGGAAGAGAAGGAUCCGGACGCGGCGAAGAAAGAGGAGGAACGACAGGAGGCGCUGAGACAACAGGAGGAGGAGAGGAAAGCCAAACACGCACGCAUGGAGGCGGAGAGAGAGAAAGUCCGACAGAGCAUCAGGGACAAGUACGGCCUGAAGAAGAAGGAGGAGAAGGAGGCGGAGGAGAAGGCGGCUCUGGAGCAGGCGUGCGAGGGUUCACUGACGCGCCCCAAAAAGGCCGUGCCCAAGGGCUGCGGCGACGAAGACGAGGAGGACGAGGAGAGCAUCCUGGACACCGUGCUCAAGUUCCUCCCCGGGCCUCUACAGGACAUGUUCAAGAAGUAA